AUGGCAUCAGAACCACAACGUCCAGCUGCUCAGACGCUGGCUGGUAAAGUCGCGAUCGUAAGCGGCUCCUCUUCCGGCAUUGGAGCCGCGACUGCAAGAGAACUAUCCAGGCGAGGUGCAAGUGUAGUCAUCAACUAUCCAUAUCCGUCUGAAAAGAAAAGUGCAGAAGAGGUCUUGAAGAGUCUUCCAGGAAACCAGAAAUCCAUCAUUGUCGAAGCAGAUCUCUCUACAUUGCAAGGUCCCAAAACUCUGGCCUCGGCAGCAGCGCGUGAGUUCGGACAUGUUGAUAUCCUGAUCAAUAACGCCGGCAUCAACGCCCACUCCGUCAUGGACAGCCUGGAUGAUGAAAAAUUUGAGCAGAUCUGGGACAAAGUCAUCAACCUCAAUGGCCGUGGUACGCUGCUAUUGACACGAGCGACGCUGAAACAUCUCAGCCCCAGCAAUUCAAGGAUCAUCAAUAUUUGCAGCACCACUUCCCGCGAUCCGGACCCUGACAUGACUAUAUACGCCGGCUCCAAGGGGAUGAUCGAGAGCUUCACGCGUUGCUGGGCGCGAGACCUUCCACGCAAAUACGGCUGCACUGUCAAUGCUGUUGCUCCUGGGCCUGUCGGUACCGAGGGAUUGCUCGCGGCACCCGCAGAGUUCCAAACAAUUAUCAAAAAGCGAAUGGAAGCAACUCCGGUGGCAACUCGACUGGCCAGGCCUGAAGAGAUCGCGUGGACAGUGGCCACACUGUGUGAGGAGGGUGCAGGAUGGUUAAAUGGCCUUUAUGUGCCAGUAGCUGGCGGCGGAACAUUAUGCUAG